AUGUCUGCCCCAGAAACUACCUCCAUUGCUACUCGCUCCAACCAGGGCACCGUCGCUCCCAAGGAAGCUUUGAAACUUCGCUUGGACCUCAACCUCGAGGUUGAGAUCGCCAUCCAGGCCAAAGUCAACGGCGACAUCACUCUCUCCCUCCUUUACGUAGAUGCCAAUAUCAGUGUUGUUUUGGGGCUUCAUGUAUCGAGCCUAAGGAAGAUUUGCGAAGAACUGAACCGCGUGUUCAUAGAUGUAAGCGGGUAUUAUAUUCUUAGCCUGCUCGAAAUGACAUUAAUAAUGAACCUAUGGGGCAAAGUUCAGUAG